CAAGCUGAUGGAAAGGGGCCCCUCCUCCUCCUUUUUUUUUCCCUCGGCGCCCCCCAAAAAUUCCUUUCUCCUACGCAGCCACCACUACCAAUUAGCCGCUAAAGCGCACACCGCGUCCACUAAAAGCUACCUCGCUACAGCGCUCUUACCCGUCAUUCCCGCGCCGCCGCCACUUUAUUUUUACACCUCAGCAUUUACCAUCACCACCACCACGCACAACCACCGCUUUGGCUUCGCUCUGUCCUCUUUGCUUGUUUCGCAUCCGCCCAUCUUUUGCUUCUUGCUUCCGCUUCGCUUCUUCUGCGACACGACUGCAAAAACACUAUUAGCUCUCUACACCGAUUUUCAUUCCAGCCUUUUUGCUCGAAUCUUGGGACACCUGCGCGACUCGCAACAUCCCCGACUCUCCUUAAUAGCUUCGCCCUCCGACAGAGAACCAGCGUCAACUCCUGACUGCUGACACAAAUCACCACGCCACACAGCAUCUGCCUCGAGUCGAAACUUGUUACUCAGACGUCCAUCUUAUCCAAUACGCGACACUCUGCCGCGUCGGCGCCGACUCACCCGUUGAGCACGAGAUCUCGCAGACAACAAGCCGCCCCUUUCGCAAUCGCGUGUCGCUGCUCUCGUUUGUUGCUAUAUGGCGAAAGGAUCGAGUCUCGAAUAGCCCAGCAUCCACUAGCUCCUCUUUCCUUCUCUCACGUCUUGAUGAUUACGACCCUUUUCCGGCAUUUUAAAAGUAUUCGCUUCCGCAACCCACCACCACCACCACAAUGAACGGCUUUGGAUCCUCCGGGAGGAGACAAUACGACUACGGCGAUGUCCAGGCCGCACCCCUCGACUCUACGGGUGUUCGUGGCAAGGCUGCCAUUGGCGCCUUCAAGCGCGAUAUGCUGACCGGCCUCGACAAGGAUGCUCCUCGAUUUGGCCAGGCUAUUCCCCGCGAUCCUAUAGCCACCACGGUAGACCUCAAGGAUCCCAUCCAAAUACACCUCUUGACCGAAACCGCCCUCACCGACAGCAAAGAAUACCAGAUUCUUCCCCAAGAAGAAGUCGACGACCUCAAGAAGCAGGUCCAGCUGAUGACCCAGCGCGUCGACGCCACCCGAUCCAACCUUGCUAUCCAAGCCAAAUAUAGAGAUGCCGCCCUUUCCAUGGCCAAGCUUGACACUGGAGCUACACACCAAGACCCAGAGCUUGAGGCCCUUGAGCAAAAGUGUGAAGACCUUGCAUUGGAGCUUUAUAGCCUGGAAAAGAAGCUUCUUACACCACAAAGACGGCUCCUAGAGCACACUGCUGGUAUCUUACAACUAACACAUAAAGCCUCGCGACGAAAAGCUGCCAAACAGGAUGGUCAGAUGGCAAAUGGCAUCCCAGGCAGCCCCGAGAGCCUAUACACAUAUUCACACAGUCGCAACAGUUUCGAUGCUCAUGGCGAUGACUACUUUGACGACGGCAUGUACGGCCUCGACGGUGCGGAUGGUCCACGCCGCAAAAACGCCAUUGAAAUCCCCAUGAAGUCGCCCGUCCGCGAGGAGACUGCACAAUUCAACAAAUCCGUCUCGGAAAUGGAAGUCAAGCUUCGCAACCUCAACACGACAUUACGUGAUAUUAUCGUCCGCUUUAACCCCGGUGUCAACAACGAAUACGACGAUCCCCCUCCCAAGGCACCCAACGCUAAGCCCGGCGAGAUGCUCAAGGCCCAGGUUGAUUACCUGGAGACCGGCUUGGUCGCCAUUCAAGCUGAGCAAGAGUCAUUCACUGGCGCUGUUGGCGCAACCCUCGGUGGUUCCGAUACCACUAUGAAGAGCCUCUGGAACGUUAUUCGAACAGAUUUGGAGAACACCAAGCAGCGCAAGGAUGAACGCAAGAGGGCACGAACCGACAAGGGCUUGGGCGACGACGAGGAUGCCUCUGAGGAUGAGUUCGACACAACUGAAGAUUACUCCAACGCUGGCUUCUCCGCCCGUGUACAGUGGCUAUCGUCUCAAGCGGCUACACUGAAGGAGCAGCGUACAGUGCUCAAGAGACAGAUUAAGCAGCAACGUGAGCUUAACAACAAAUCCGAUGCCGAAAAGGACGAGGAAAUUGCUCGCAAGCACGAAGAGCUGGAGGAGAGCCGACGGCUUCAUGCCCGAGCAGAGCAUGAGAGCACGGAAACCCAGCGUAUGCUUGCCGAUGCCCUAGCUGAGCUCGAUGAAGCCAAGGCAGCGGCCGCCGGUGGCCACAAGUCUGCUGCCGAGCUUCAAGAUCGCGAGGAGACGAUUGAGCUGCUAGAAAAGAAGAUUAAGAAGAUGUCAGACGAAACCGCUGGCGUAUCGUCAGCCCAUGUGGCCGCAUUGGAAGCCGAGCUAGAGACACACCGCACCAAGGUCAAGGACACAGAGAAGAAGCUCGUCGAAAACGAGGACGAGAUUGAGCAGCUGAACAUGACACUGGCAGAACUCAAGACAGAAGUAACGAUUGCGCGCGCCGAGCUGGACGGAGCCUAUGGAUCCCGAGCCGAGCGGGCGGCCGACGUUGCUGCUCUCAAGAACAAUGCCGAGAUUGUCAAACUGACGAACCAAAUCACCAAGCUCAAGAAGGAGCUGGCUGGCACAGUUCAAGAUUUGGAAAACGUAACCAAGGAGACGCUGGGCGCCGAGCGCGAAAAGGUCGAGCUGGAGGGCAAGCUAGACCACGCACAGCAGAGCCGCAUCAGCCUGGAAGCAGAAGUCAAGAAGCUCCAGGAGCACAUGGCCAAGCUGCAGGAGGAGCUGGAUGGCGAGAAGCUCAAGGCUGGCGGCGCGGGCGGCACCAAGGGCGCAGUGAUGCUCAGCGAGCAGUUCCGCACCACCAUGCGAGAAGAGCGCAAGAAGUUCCAGGAAGACCUGCGCGAGGAGCGUGGCAAGUGUCGCAAGCUAGAAGAGGAGCUGUCACGCAUAAAGCGAAGUCAAGGGCCUGGCAAAUCACCACUAAGCCCGAGAACAUGAUGAGUUUUCUUCCUAGCUUGGCUAUACACCAUCUGUCUUGCAUAUCUUUGGCGUUUCUUCUUCUUUAUACCUCGGCAUUCCUCUCUUUUGACCAACUUUCAUAUGCGCGGCGUUUCGGCAUAGGCUCAUUCUUCUUGUUUUUCACAUUAGACACGGUGGUCUAGAUGUUUUGAUUCAUGGGAGGGCUACAACAACAUAGAUUUCUCUUUACAUCUCUGGCGUCACUAGUUGGCGGCUACCAACUACAUCUUGGCGUCUUUUUUUUUCUGUUUACUGCUUUUGGGAUUUUUAUAUAUAACCGCACCUUUAUUCUUGGGAUAGAUAGACACGGUCCAACCAUAAAAAAAUAAUCAAAAAAUCAUUUCUGUUUCACACCAAAAAAGAUGAUUCAAAGCAUAAAGGCUCGCCUUAAACCGCUCGUCACACACACACCCCCCCUCCCGUCCUCCCUUGCAGAACACGUUGAAGGGAGGUAGAAGGAAAACGGAAGUGUUUCCCCCCCUUCCUUGUGGUUUCCCCGUGAAAACGGAAAAGGGAGCACCGUAAUUAAACACGGUAGACGCCGCCAAAAGAAGUGUUGUUUUGUUUUAUUGGUCGGCGAGAUAUUCAGAUGCCGACAAAAGGGCCGAUCUAAAGACCACUCUUCGUUUGGCGCCGCCACAAAGAAAAGUCUAGAUUAAAACAACUAAAAAUGCAUGAAUUUAAUUAAUUAAAAAAGAAAAUGACAAAAUAAAGAUUGCAGUCAAACAUGGAUGCCCACAUGCUCGGGUACUUACAUACACACAUGUAUGCAUGUUGCAAAUGCAAAUGGGAAAUACAGUCUAACCAAGUUUACACCAGGGGAAGUAACAACAAAAAGGUAAACUAGCCUAGC